CGUUGAACGAUGCGGUUAGAAGACGCUUUCUCGAAAAUUAUUAGUUUUGUUUGAUAAUUACGCGCCUAUUUUGGUGAUAACAAUUUCAGUGUUAUAACAAUUGUGUCAGUGGAUUGUUUACAGUAAAAAACGUAAAAUGAGUCAAAUGGUGACGCGCCAACGGACGGGUGGGGAUGAAAAAGAAAAGCGACAAACAGACAGUCCAGUGAAAGAUAUGAAAAAGAAAAUGGCGGCCAACGCUGAAAAGGAAAAAAACGCCGCAGAACAAACCACCAGCAAGUCUGCAGAAAAACCUACAGAUAAAACAGAGAAACCCACAGAAAAACAGGCGGAGAAACCAAAAGCCGCUGAAAAGUCGGCUGAUAAGAAAGAUAAAGCCGCUGAGAAGCCGGCUGAUAAGAAAGAUAAAGCACCUGAGAAGCCAAUUGAGAAGAAAGAUAAAGCACCUGAAAAGCCAAUUGAGAAGAAAGAUAGACCUGCUGAGAAGGACAAGCCAGUUGAGAAGAAAGAUAAACCUGCUGAGAAGAAGGAGGGACAGAGUGAAAAGAAGAAGGAAGAGAAUGGCAAAGGAAAUGGAGAGAGCAGUGGGAAGAUAGAGAAACCAGCAGCAAACGGCCGCCCAAAACAGAACGGCAGCACCACCACAAACGGAACGGUGAGUCCCGACUCGGACUCGAUAUCGGACGCGGAUGAAACUGAACAGUUCCCAGAACUGGCUUACGAUGAUUCUGACGUGGAGUGGGAGCCAGGCAUGGACUGUCCUAGCCGGAGUUUCACCAGGCGCGAACAGGUGAAGGCGACGCGGACCCCGGAGACUCCGCGACCGGCCUCCGACAAACAGGAGACAGAUGAUUCAAAGGAAUCGAAGGUGCUGAAACUCACAGAUUCCGGCAAAGACACGCCUAAAGACAAGAAAUCAGACGCCAAAUCCGAUGCCAAAUCGGACCCAAAAUCGGAUGGAAAAUCCGCAAAAUCGGACGCUAAAAAAGCAGAGACGCCAAAGAAGGAUGAAACUACUAAAGCGGAUGCUAAGAAAGAUGUCAAGGAAUCUCCUAAGAAGGGGGGUAAGGAGGAUAAAUCAGAGAAAGUGGAAGUCGAGGUGGUUGUGGAGAUUGAGAAUAAUGGAGACGCAUCAGAAGAAUCCCGCAAACCAGACACGAACUUCUCAAAGUCGCGAGUUAAGGUGUCGCCGUAUCGCCGCAGUAUGCGUCUCGCAGACCAGACCACCAGUUCCAUCGCUGCCAAUUAUACUGGCAAUAACACAACCAUGGAGAUGGACAUAACAGAGACGUCCUCAUUUAUGGACGACACGAUGGACGACAGCUAUUUAAGUGGUCUCCGCUCCAUAAAGGGCCGCCGCAGCUACAAACUGCUCAAAGACAUGCCUCCGAGGACCGCUAGUGCCAACAGAAGUGUCCGCUCUGUCACCAGUACCACAGUUCCGGAAACAUCUUCCCGCCCCACCGCUCCCGUGGUCGGCCGCAAGCGCAAGCCUGAUCCCGAAGACAACAUCUCCAUCGCCAGCGAGGCCCAAGAGGCCGACAGUCCCCUCGGCAAGAGGCAAAGAUUGCUCGAGAGGCUCGCCCGGCCUUUCAAGAGAAAUGUGCUUAUGCCUGCUAGGAGGAACGCUGAGAUCGUGGGCAUCAACACGGACCUGCCUCUGACCGCUCCCGUAGCCUCCACGUCCGGCUUCGACCCCGAGACCCUGAAGCCGGCGUCCGCGGACAUACCGCCCUCCCCCUCCCCCUACCCCACCCCCUACCCCGCACCGCCUACUGCCGACGACGCCAAACGGUGCGUCAUCAUGUAAACUUCAAUUAUUACGUGCUUUCCACGAAAUUGUUCAACGUGUGUCCCUUAGGCCAGGAUUACACU